CCGCGGCUCCGUCGCUCCCGCGGCGCGAGGCGCUCUAGCUCUUCUCCUCCUCCGCCGCCGUCGCCCCUCCCCCCGCGCAGCAGCCGCCGCCGCCACUGCCUCGAGACCCCCGCGCGCCGCGCUCCUCCCUCCCUCUCUGGCCCCGCGCGCCCUCCGGCCCCUGCGGCCCCCGAGGAGAACAAGAGGGCGAGCGAGCACGGCGCUCCCGGGCCGGCCCGGCCCCCUCCUUUCACCAUCGCCGGCCCUCCGCCGCCUUCCUCCGCUUCCACCUCCUCUCCCCCCCACCAAGUUGAGGCCCCCUCCGGGGGGGGAGGCCCCGGACCAGGAGCGAAUUCCCUUAACUCUCUCAACCCCUUCCCCCACCCGGUCGGAGUGUGAGGAGAGGGGCCCGGCCCGGGCCCGCGUCGUGUGUGAGGAGGACCCCGGGCGGGCCCACGGGCCGUCUGGGGCCUGGUCCGGUCCGCCGGCUGUGUAAAGACAGGGGCCCGGAGCGGCCGGGCCCGAGGGCGAGCGGAGGGGAGGGGCCUGGUCCGGCCUGGCCGGUGCGUGAGGACUGGGGCCCCGGCUCGGCGCCGUCACCGCCGCGAUGGCCCAGCAGCAGAUGACCAGCUCGCAGAAGGCCCUGAUGCUCGAGCUGAAAUCCCUGCAGGAGGAACCGGUGGAGGGCUUCCGGAUCACCCUGGUGGAUGAGUCCGACCUCUACAACUGGGAGGUGGCCAUCUUCGGACCCCCUAACACCCUCUACGAAGGCGGCUACUUCAAGGCGCAUAUUAAAUUUCCUAUUGACUACCCAUAUUCACCACCUACUUUCAGAUUCUUGACCAAAAUGUGGCACCCCAACAUUUAUGAGAAUGGAGAUGUUUGCAUUUCGAUUCUUCAUCCACCUGUAGAUGACCCGCAGAGUGGAGAACUGCCCUCUGAAAGGUGGAAUCCUACUCAAAACGUGAGGACUAUUCUAUUAAGUGUAAUCUCACUGCUUAAUGAGCCCAACACCUUCUCCCCAGCCAAUGUGGAUGCUUCAGUUAUGUUCAGAAAAUGGAGGGACAGUAAAGGAAAAGACAAAGAAUAUGCUGAAAUCAUUAGGAAACAGGUUUCAGCCACCAAGGCUGAAGCAGAAAAGGAUGGAGUGAAGGUCCCCACAACCCUGGCUGAAUACUGCAUCAAAACUAAAGUGCCUUCCAAUGAUAACAGCUCAGAUUUGCUUUAUGACUUGUAUGAUGACGACAUUGAUGAUGAAGAUGAGGAGGAGGAAGAUGCCGACUGUUAUGAUGAUGAUGAUUCUGGGAAUGAGGAGUCGUGACAUGCUCUUUCAAUGCCCCUGUACUGCCCUGCCAUCUCAGGCCAAAGGGAGGGGAGCAAGUGGGGACCUAGCAAUGGCCCCUCAGCAAAAACCUAUUCACAGGGGGUGGGGAAAACAAACACAGCUCCUGCUGACUCCCCUUAUGGAUCUCAGUUUGCUCCUUUUUAUGGACCUUAAAUGGAGAGAGAGCAACCCUACACAGAAUGUCUGAAUUCUUGCAUUCUUUACCCUUCCAUCACUGUAUUGAUUCUUUUUUAAAAAACAUCAUCAACCCAAACUCCCGCCUCACUCACUUCGUCUCUUCAGAAUGCUCACAGCAAAACACGAUUGGUCUGUUUUUAGAUUCUUGAGGAAUUAAAUAGUCUCUCAAGACAUUUAAUGUGUUUAAAGCUGGGAACCUCUUGGCAGUUCACAAGGGCUGCAUAUACUGGGUAGCAAAAGAGAAUGGGAAAAAACCUACAAAACAAAGUUCAAAAAAAAAUUUUGCCAAGGUUUAGCUGCUCUUUUACAUUAGCGUGUGCACAUUCGUUCUGCCCCAUGGUGGUGAAUUUUGUUUUUCUCUCCCCAUCGCUGGGAUACGGUGGGCGUCAGGGACUCUGUGCUGAGCCUGAUGAAAUGUGCUCCUUCAGCCUCCAUGAAAUCAUCCUAACAUGGAGCCCUCGGCUACUCUGAGGAGAGAAAUCAGAUUUUGCUUUUUGAAAUUGAUUGGGAUCUGAAGCCUGAAAUAAAUAUUCAUACUUUACAUAGAA